AUGAACUACCUAGCUUCUAUCAGGAAUUAUCGCUUAAUAACUACUAUCCUCUUCCUCUUCCUCCUCCUCCUCGUCGUCGUCGUUGUGGUCAUCGUCAUCGUCAUCGUCAUCGUCAUCGUCAUCGUCAUCGUCAUCGUCAUCGUCAUCGUCAUCGUCAUCGUCAUCGUCUUCGUCUUCGUCUUCGUCUUCGUCUUCUCCUUCUCCUUCUCCUUCUCCUUCUCCUUCUCCUUCUCCUUCUCCUUCUCCUUCUCCUUCUCCUUCUCCUUCUCCUUCUCCUUCUCCUUCUCCUUCUCCUUCUUCUCCUUCUUCUUCUCCUUCUUCUUCCUCUUCUCCCUCUUCCUGCUCCUCAGCCUCUCAUGAAGACGUAGGAAGCGACCACACGAGGCAACAGGAAACAAUGAGUUGAUUUAGAGGGCAGAGGCCAGG